AUGAGAAGUAAAGAAUUUCGAAAGAAAGAUCAUUCCACUUUUAUAUCAAUGUCGACGAUAUCGGAUAAACUUCCAACCGAUCGCAAUUAUUAUUGUCCAUCGGCGCCGCCGAAGCCGGCAACGGUGUGCGGAAUAAUUCCGGUGCAAAAAGUGGCAAUUUUCGGAAUAUCGUUCAACUCAAUAUGCAUUUUAUCAAUUUUCAUUUAUAUCCUGGUCCGUCUCAUUCAGAAAUCGCCAAGCCAUUAUGUGAGAUUCAUUGUUGCAAUUUCACUUUUGAUGUGUCUAUUUUUAUUGUUCACCGCGCUAUUUGUUCUCGGCAUUUUCAAAUCGAAAUGGAAACUCUUGCUACCGUACAUUAUUGUUGAUUGUGUGAUAUUCUUCGCUUACAUGGGAGCCGUUAUAGCAGCCACAAUUACAAUUGCUGAUGAAAUUCGAGAGGAAAUUAAUGGAGAGGAUCGAACUUAUAAAGUUCUUGAUAUUAUUUUGUUAAGGCUCGCCCUUCUACUCUUCGGACUUUUACAAGUCACAUUUGUUUAUUCCUUCGUUAUGACGUUAAUAUGCGAGAUGGGCGAGCCGAGCGCUAAAAGACCCCGAAACGCCGAUGAGUAUCCAAACGUCCUGAGUAUGGACGAGAAUGUUAAAGAGAAACUCAUGGAGCUCGACAUGGUUCAGCUUGAUCUCGAUAAUUUGGGAGAGCAGGCGGCUGAAGAAAUAUUGGCGAUCGAGCAGGCUUACAACAAAAAACGUCAGCCACAUUAUCAGAAGCGUAGCCAGCUUAUUGAGCAAAUCCCCUCUUUUUGGCAAACCGCUUUCCUCAACCAUCAUCUCAUAACGACCGCGAUUCCCGAGGAGGAAGAAGAGGUGCUUCUCAAUUUGAAAGAUCUCGAAGUUGAGGAGUUCGAGGACAUCAAAACGGGUUACAAGAUAAAGCUCAAGUUCGACAAGAACUCGUUUUUCGACACCGAGCAAAUUAUCAAGACGUUCCAUUUGAACGCCGAGAAUCCGGUUUCGACAACGUCGGAAAUCAACUGGAAACCGGGAAAAAAGCCCGAGCCGGACCCUAGCGAUGGAUCACAAUUGACGUUUGUCGAGUGGCUCGCCAGCAAUUUGCCGCCAGACGCCGAUGAAAUUGCCGAAGUUAUCAAAGACGACCUUUACCCAAAUCCACUUCAAUACUUCAUCAUGCCCGACAUGAACGAAGUUAACGACGAGGAGCUCGAGGAGUUCAUCGACGAGGAGGACCAAGAGGUGCCGCUCAUGUUCCGCCAACGAUUGGACUACACGUUCUAUCGCAACGACGUCGUGUGCGUUGAUCAGAUAUUGCGAAUCGAGCGGCGUGGCCUCGAGCAACUCAUGAGCUACUUUGGAAUUCUAGGCACAAUGGGGCAGGUAUUAUUUCCGCAUAUCGAAAUGGAGCUGAUAUCGGCGCAUCCUGUCAUCGAUCAAGGAUCGGUGCGAUGCCGAUGGCGAAUCAAAUAUGUCUCGUUUCCCCGCCUGCUCGUCAAUCCGAGACUAUUUCGAUUCGACUAUCGCGUCAAUCAUUUGAGCUGGUACGACGGCUACUCGGUGUUCAGCGUCGACGGCAACGGCAAAGUUUACAAGGUCACAUUGCAAAAGAUGAUCCAAGACGACGGCAACGUUUCGAUAGCGUCCGCCUCGACGGUCAAGCAAAAAUUGCAAGCGGCCUGA